GCCUCACUCCAUCUCCCCGCAGCAGCACCAUUUCGAGGAGCUACCCGUCAUUUUCAAGAGAUGAAGCGUAGAGGCGGACCAAGAGGGCGUAAAGAAUUAUUCAACUUUCGGCAUUCAAGUCUACGUAAUGUGAUUGAGCGUUGCUUCGGAGUUUUAAAGGCAAGGUUUCCGAUUCUAAAGUUCAUGCGGUCGUAUAGCUUGAGGAAG